ACUGGAUGCAGAUAUCGCCGACAGCACUGCGCUCAUUCUGUCCCGCGCCGAGGUCGUUGCAGCGCUGCCCAGCAAGAGGCUUUAUUGGGAGAGCCCGCUGACGGCCAGAAUUCAAUCUAUACUGAGUGCUGCCCGUCGCCGUAACCUCGAGCCUUCAGAAGUUGCCAGAGGAUUAUUGAUUGAGGGCCUCGGCGGCGCUGUGCGCGCCAGCCUUGCAUCGCAGGCCGCGUCCCUGAACACCUCCGAGUGGGCCUUCAAGAGCAGGAUGGGGAGAGCGGCUGCUUGGGCGUGGCUCCUGGACCGUUGGCAUAGACACCAUAUCGUCAAAAUGAUUGCACUUCGCGCUCGCUCGCGCGGUGCGCACAUCGAGCUGAUCCAAGCGUGUGACCGCGUAUCGUAUGACGAGACGCCCUUGGAGCUCCAGAGUAUGAGCGAGCAUCGCGAGGUAUCGCGAGGCGCCCCUUCUGCACUUCCCCCCGCCGCGGGUUCCGAAGUCGCGACUAUGACAUCUCGGGCCCUAGCUGCGGCGUUGCUGAGGGGGGCGUUCCGCGGAUUCAGGGCUAAGACGAUCACGAAGCUCUUCGCCACCAAGGCUCGGUAUUGCCACCUCGUCAGGCUCACGAUGAAUGGACAGAUGCGCUACGUCUACCUCGUCGGCGACGUGGUAUGCCAGGUUCAGCCGUUGGCGAGCACUUCGGCUGCAUGCCAGGCACUUGCAUUGAUGGAGUCUGGGUCGGCUUCGCUGUCGGAGAGCACGUUCAGCCACAAAGUGAGGAUCACGGACGCGGACGGCCACAGGUCGAACAGAGCUGGAGAACGCAUAUUGGACCGCAAGCGUGAGCCUGGAUGGGUUCGUCUUUUCUACCAGUGCCAAGCUCACUCUAUAGCGCGGGCACACAACAUUGCCAUGAAGCACGUCGACGUUGGCAUCAAGGGGGUGAUCCACCUAUCGCUGUGCUUCAGAGUAGCGGGGAGCAAGCAUUCCUUUAACACUCAUCUUUGGAAGGAGGUCCACCGCCGACUCAGGGUCCGAGAAGGCAGCCCAUCAAAUGACGACGUUAUCUACAACCAUGUCGUGCUCAAGUCGUUCGUUUCUGGAGACGGCCAGAAGACCCGCAGGCGCGUGUUCUUCACUCUCUUGCCCAGCAGCUCCAUGGCCGACACGCGCGAGAUCACCAUAUGGGUUGAUUCUGCAGCUGGCCUGGACGAAGACGUUUUGAAAACAUCGGUUGCAGAUUCAAUGGUAGACGCAUUGAUGCCGCGUGCCCUGAGAGUGCUGAUCAGGAGCAAGUGGGGCACCAGUGAGUCGGCGAUCUGCGACGCGGGCCUCAUCGAGAUGUGUCAUGGGCUUUUGGGCCCAGCAUUCACGUCAUGGUGCAGGUCGUUCGGAAGGGGGCGGUCGAAGCAGCAUGCGUUGGCGGCCCUGGUUGACGGUCGCGUGGACGACGUUGGCGCCGACGAGUGCGAGGACGACGAUAUGGGCGCCCACGAGGGCGCGGGUGGCGAUGCGGAGGCCGCUGGCGCUGGCAGCCGCCGAGAGAGGCUCAACAAGCAUAUGGCGUUCGCGAUGGGGACAGUCGGCAUUAACAGAUCGUUCCCUGUCACGGUUCUUGCCGACGGCGUCUUGGAGACCAGGUGCUUCGAGAAGAUGAUGCUGCUACUGUUCACCCCAGCGGCCUGGCACUUGAUCAGGCCAGAGGAAGUCAAGAACAGAAACACGUCGCUCGCCUUCAUCAUGAUAUCCGACGCUCUCGCCACCAUAACCCAGGAGGUUGCAUUGGUGAACCAAGGGUUUCCCACGCGACUGUUUCAGCUCUUCCAGCAGCCCGAGCUGGGGCCAACGAUGGAGGCCGCCCCCGACUGCAUGAAGGACGCGUUCACGAAGGAGCUGCAAUCAUCAUGUCGGUUGGGGGGCGAGGAGUGUUUGAUGCGCUUGGCGGCUAUGGCCAUGCUGAUCCAAGGCAACACCGUCCCCAACGAGGUCUUCAACGCCCAGAUGCGGAAGAUCGUCAAGUCUAGAACGCAGUGCCCCCAGUUCAAGGCGGUUGACCUGUCGACAGCUUGCGUCGGCGUGCACAGCCGCGCCAAAACUGAGGAUGUCACCCGCCCACGUCACGGGCCAGUUCACGAGCCGCGUGCUGGCGGAGGUUCUGGGGCGCAUGCAGCUGAGCGCCGAAGGUACCAGCACGAGCAUCAUACAGGCGCUUGGGGCGUUUUUCAACAUGAGCAGGGCAUCAAUGACAUGAGGGAGGUGUCGGCGCGGUACCGCGCGUUGCCCCCUGCUGAGCGGGCGCGCCUGGCGGAAGAAGGUCGGAGAGCUGCCGCGAGGGCCCGUGACGGCUUCCGCGCCCUCCCGCCAACCCAGCGGCAAGUGGGCAUGCAUCGCAACGCCAGGCUUGCGACUACAGCCAUUGAGAGGUUUGCUGGCCGUGACCCCGAUGACACAGUCGACUUCCUGAUCCGUGAGUGCGGGGCUUCAGGAACGAGCUUGAAGGAUACCUUGUCCACGGUAGCGUCUUAUCGGUGUUUGCCGCCUGUUCUUGGAGCAGCCGUGGUUGAGCGAGACGCGUCGAGCUCCGCUGACGACGUUGCCUUGCUCGAGGAGGCGGCCCACGGAAUGUCCGUCACGCAUCAGUCCAAUGUGCAGCAGGCCGCUGAGAUGAUGUGGAACCACAUGCACCGAUUGCUACCUGACGAUCCUGAACUGUCAUCCCUUGGUGAUGCCGCUGAUGACCCAGCAGAGCAGUUCAAGGACGGAGAGUGCCUGCGCUACGGCAUGUGCGUGUGCGGUGCGGUGCACGACGGCUUGCGAGCGUUGCGCCGCAAGGUGUUCCAGGCUACGAAGAUGACGUUCAGCAAGGCCAGCCCGCAGACGAGAGGGCUCCUGGUUGGCCGCAGGGUCAUCGCCCGCUUCAUCUGGCUGGCGGACGAUGGCGACGAGGACGAACUCAUGAAUGAUCUUGGUUUGGAGCCACUCUAUUGGCAUUUGUCGGGCGUGAAGUUUUCGCCGUACGAGCUCAUGAUGCAGCCCAUGACGCCCGCGUCGCCUGCUGAGCGGCACGACGCGUGCGCUACGGACGACGAGCACUGCUUGAAG